AUGUCGGUGAUCAAUGAAUCUGAUUACAUGUUGUGCGUGUUGCUUUGGUUUCAUUACAAGAACUUGGAGAGGUUCUACGGGUCGCGGAAAUAUGCAUCGUUGAUCGUGGUGUUUGCGUUGUACAAUUCGCUAGUAUGUUUUAUUGUCAUGAGUUUGGGGCAAUUGGGAGUGAAUCUUGCAGUGUACUUGAUUUCGUCAAUUGCCAAUGGAGGAAAGGGAGAUAUUGCGUAUAAUACAACUGUAUUUAACCAAGUGGCACUGGGCCCGUUGGGAAUAUUGUCGUCAUUGUAUAUUUGUUAUGGGGCAAACAUACCCACAUCAUAUAAGUUUAAGAUAUUGUUGUCCAAGCCUACGCUACUGGACGACGGGGAGGUGCAUCCGUCUAAUUCGAGCAAAGAAUUGGUGCUAACCAAUCAUUUCCAGAUUCAUAUAAUUUAUACGUUAUUGCUCCUUAACAAUGGAUUGGGGUCGAUAAUACCGUGUUUGGUAGGCAUAGCCCUUGGGAAAUUGCACUCAAAUGAAUUGCUUCCAGGUGCCAGGAACUGGUUAAUCCCUGUGAGUGUCUUUGAAGCGUUCAUGCAUCCUCGUAAGCUCGUAAGUAGCUUAUGGCCAUCCACCAGAGGAAGACGAAGUGGUGGCUACCAAACAAUCGACAACGCUAAUGCUAACGUAAAUGAUCUGAUGGCUGAUGAAGAUACAGAAGAGGUUCUAGACGAAGGUAGAAGCAAUAACCAAGCCCAUGAAAUUAGAGCAGAAACACCUGUCAGGCCCUUAGGCAGCCAGUUCUUGGACACGUUCAGAACAUGA